UUGUCUACUUUUUCUUUUAGCUGUGUAAGAAACAAUUUCAGUACAGUGCCUCCUUGAGAGCACACCUUAUUCGACAUGCCAGAAAGGAUGCACCCACUUCAUCCUCUUCCAAUUCCAUGUCUAAUGAGGCAUCAGGAACAUCAACUGAGAAGGGCAGAACCAAACGAGAAUUUAUAUGUUCUAUAUGUGGAAGGACAUUACCUAAAUUGUAUUCUCUUCGAAUACAUAUGUUAAAGCAUACAGGUGUGAAGCCACAUGCAUGCCAGGUCUGUGGAAAGACUUUCAUCUACAAGCAUGGUCUAAAAUUACACCAAAGUCUCCAUCAAUCACAAAAGCAAUUCCAGUGUGAACUAUGUGUUAAGUCAUUUGUUACCAAACGGAGUCUUCAAGAACAUAUGAGUAUUCACACAGGAGAGUCCAAGUACCUUUGCUCAGUUUGUGGAAAGUCUUUUCACAGGGGCUCUGGACUCAGCAAGCACCUGAAGAAACAUCAACCAAAGCCUGAGGUUCGAGGCUAUCAUUGUACUCAAUGUGAAAAAAGUUUCUUUGAAGCUAGAGAUCUUCGCCAGCACAUGAACAAACAUCUUGGUGUGAAGCCUUUCCAGUGCCAAUUUUGUGAUAAGUGUUAUAGUUGGAAGAAAGAUUGGUAUUCCCAUGUGAAGUCUCAUUCUGUUACUGAGCCUUACAGGUGUAAUAUAUGUGGCAAAGAAUUUUAUGAAAAAGCAUUGUUCAGAAGGCAUGUAAAGAAAGCUACCCAUGGGAAAAAGGGAAGAGCAAAGCAAAACCUGGAACGAGUGUGUGAGCAAUGUGGAAGAAAAUUCACUCAGCUGAGAGAGUAUAGGAGACACAUGAACAACCAUGGAGGAGUUAAGCCAUUCGAGUGCUUAACAUGUGGAGUAGCUUGGGCUGAUGCCCGAUCUUUAAAACGCCAUGUCAGAACACAUACUGGCGAACGGCCUUAUGUAUGUCCUGUAUGUAGUGAAGCCUACAUAGAUGCUCGGACACUCCGUAAACAUAUGACUAAAUUCCACAGAGAUUAUGUGCCUUGCAAAAUUAUGCUGGAAAAAGAUACCCUUCAGUUUCAUAACCAGGGAACUCAAGUGGAGCAUGCUGUUAGCAUCUUAACAGCAGAUAUGCAGGAACAAGAAAGCAGUGGUCCGCAAGAACUUGAGACUGUUGUAGUAACAGGAGAAACUAUGGAAGCUCUUGAAGCAGUUGCAGCUACUGAAGAGUGUCCAUCGGUAUCUACGCUUUCUGACCAAAGUAUUAUGCAAGUAGUUAAUUAUGUAUUGGCACAACAGCAAGGACAGAAGCUAUCUGAAGUUGCAGAAGCUAUUCAAACUGUUGAAGUAGAAGUGGCACAUAUUUCAGAAGCUGAAUGAUAGUAAUGGAAAUGAGAAGUGACAUCUUGUGGAUACGGAACUCAGAGUAUUUGUUUACGAUACUGUGUGACUAUUUGCCCAGAGUUCGUAUAUCAAGGCUCUGGGCUGUUUGGUGAUGUUUCAACAUUUCUAAACGGUUUGUCUGGCUAAUAGGUUCUGGAGAAAAGUCCAUUAACUGUAAAGAAAACAUUGAAA